GGGGGUUUUGGACAAAGGCGAACCGAGAAAGAAAAAGAGAAGCGAAGGAAUGGCGAGCGAGGUAGCGAUGGCGGCGAACACGGAUGUGGCGGCGGUAGCGGCAGAGGAGGAGACAGUGACGACGAAAGUGCCACAUAAGUUGGAGAGAAAGUGGACGUUCUGGUUCGACAACCAGUCCAAGCCCAAGCAAGGUGCCGCCUGGGGCACCUCUCUCCGCAAGCUCUACACCUUCGAAACUGUCGAAGAGUUCUGGUGUUUGUAUGAUCAGAUAUUAAAGCCCGGCAAGUUACCUCCCAGUGCUGAUUUCCACUUGUUCAAAGCGGGGAUUGAACCCAAAUGGGAAGAUCCCGAGUGUGCUAGUGGAGGAAAGUGGUCCGUUGUCAGCACAAGAAAGGCUAACCUUGACACCAUGUGGCUAGAAACUUUGAUGGCUUUGAUUGGAGAGCAAUUUGAUGAGGUCGAUGAGAUUUGUGGUGUGGUUGCGAGCGUGCGCCAGAGGCAGGACAAACUUUCGUUAUGGACCAAGACAGCAGCAAAUGAAGCUGCCCAGAUGGGCAUUGGGAGGAAGUGGAAGGAGAUCAUUGACUUCACUGAUAAAAUGACUUACAAUGCCCAUGAUGAUGCUAGAAGGGAAAGAUCAGCCAAAGCUCGAUACAGUGUGUGAUUGUGCAUGAUCUUGCUGUGUGGUUUUCUUCACUCAAUUGUGGUACUGUGAUGAAAACUAAAGAAAUUGCUUUGAUGCCUUUUUUGUUAUAGUCUACGAAAGACAUGUCGUUAAUAUAUAUUUUCCCCAUGUGAGAUGUUGGUAAGGAAUGUAAUUUGAUAAGGUUCUUUAUAUGUUGCUUUUUGUGAAUUUUCUAUUUUUUAUCAAGGGAUGACACACUGGAGCCUCUACUUGCAACAGAAUGAUAAUAGAAAUUCCAUUUUGCUGCUC